CUCAAUGCCAGGUGAUUCAACGCUCCGAAGAAGUGAGCUUUCCCAUUGAAACUUGUCAUGUAAUUCUAACAUGUCGAAGGUUACUACUGUUGUAGUGGAGAAAUGCAUGACCUGAAUUUGUGUGGAAUACGGUUUGGCGUUGUUUAGAUGUUGUCUGUUCUGACAGGAAGCCGGAUAGCGAUGAGUGCCCCCUGCGGGUUAAUUCGCACCGCUGCUCGACGCUUCACCCGGCAGAGUUCUGCUGCUGCUGCUCCACUGUGCAGGCGGCUGCUGGGCCCCGGAUCCUCAAACAGCUUUAUCAGAGGAAAUAUGUCCUCCAAAAAACAAAUGGACCACUUAGAGAGGACGGCGAGCAACUACAGACAGAAUGGGCUGUAUCCCGCCCAAGUCUGUGGAAUCGUGACCGAAUCGGAAACGGUAAAAAGACUGAGGAUAGCCGUGCACCCAGACUUCAGCUUCAAAGCAGGACAGUGGGUGGAUUUCUUCAUCCCUGGUGUGGAGAAGGUGGGAGGUUUCUCCAUGUGCUCCAGCCCGGGUCUGUUGCAGAGGGAGGGUGUGGUCGAACUGGCGAUCAAGUACGCGAAACAUCCCCCAGCACACUGGGUCCACACUGUGUGUGCAGUAGGCUCCCGCGUGGCCAUGCGUGUCGGCGGAGACUUCUACUUCGACCCGCUUCCCUCAGGUCCAGCUGUGGAUCUGCUGCUGGUCGCCGGCGGCGUGGGGAUCAAUCCGCUGUACUCCAUUCUGCUGCACGCCGCAGAUCUGCUGCGUCUCAACCAGUCCUCUGCUGGUCGGCGCUUCAACAUCGGUUCCGCCCACCUCUGCUACAGCGCCAAGAACACUCAGGAACUGCUCUUCAAGAGCUCCAUCGUUGAGAAAUGCGGGGAGUUUCCCAACAAGUUCACCUGCAACUUUCACGUCACGCAACAGAGGGCAGGAGUCGAGCCGCACCUUCAGCCAUUCGUCAAAAGUGGGAGAAUCACAGCCGAGGAGUUGCAGGCGAACGUGGACCCGCAAAGGACUUUGUGUUACUUAUGCGGACCGCCGCCAAUGACAGAAGCAAUUUCAAAAACCCUCAUGGACCUCGGCCUCCCACAGGACAGGAUCCUGUUUGAGAAGUGGUGGUAGGAGAAGUUGUAGCUUUUGGUGGUCUUCAAAUGGAGGGAAUGCCUCUCUACACAUUCAAGGUCUAUGACACCAUCCAACUGCGAACUGAAUCAAAUAUAGGGUUUGUUUUUUGUUUUUUUUACUUUUCUUGAAUUACAGUCAGGAAAAUAUCUUUGACCUUAAAUGUGAAGAUUCUGUACAGAUGUCUAGCAAUUACUAAUUUAAGUUGAGAGUGAGAUUUGUAAAGUUUGCAAAGUUUAGUUUGGGAAUAUGUUUCAUACUGAAAUAUAUUUUAAAGAUGCAGCCGUCACAGAUGUGUGCCCAAUUUCCCAUCUUUGUGUUGACGCUGUUUUCAACCAAUUUCCAUUUCUGUUACAGAAAUAUUAAGAGCUCACAACAUUUUCUUUCAUAGCCUUACAGCUGUGUGCAGUCGUCCAUCAGUAUAAUAUUGCAUGUAGAUUUUAUAUUUGAUGCCGAAUAAAACAGCAGCUUUCCUGUUGUGUGCUGGGAUCCGCUCUACGUCAAUUUGAAGAUGAUCCAACUUGUGUAAACUGAGUUGUUGUGGGAUUUUCAGAAUUUGCCGCCAUGCUUGUUCACUUUGGCUUCACACUUAUUGAAGCCAUUUAUUGAAACCUCAAAACAAAGCAGCAAUAAAUUGAAGCUUUGUGUUUAUGUGCCAAAGAAGAAGAACUUCAUUUGCAAAAGUAAAAAAAAUUUGGCUGAUGAGCUUGAUUUUUUUCCCUUCCGUGAGAGUAAUUACACCUCACAUCUUUUUCUUUCCCAACAUCAAGUGAAAACUUGACAAUCUCUCACACGCUUGGCCACCACUGUACUGUUUUUCUCUCUCUCUCUCUCUCACCCACACCCUCUCAUCAUCUGAGCAGUCUCUUUUCUCACACAUCUUCCACAUCAGCAAACAGUUUUCCAUCCCAGGGCAGGUUAAGCGUCCCGCGGCGCUCUGUAAUGGAACCUCCAGGUGGUCUCUGAUUGGCACGGAUCACCGAGCGUCCCUCAGAGGCGGCGGCAAGCCUCUCGCUGCCGUUUGUCAGCGAGGGUUGUAAUGUUCCCCCGUUCGUGACGAUAACACGGAAGUGAAAUGGAGGGAAAAAGAAAAUAAAGAGCUAACUUUGAGGCAGUCUGGGCUUCAAACACUUUAUUGACCUUCUUGUUAAACCAAGACCUAACUGUUACACCACUCACACACUUCACAGGUAGUCCAGGAAACGAAAUAAAGAGCUCAUUUCUAAAUAACACAUUCUUGGGUCAUUUAUUGCAAAAAAAUCUUUUCUAUUGCCUUCAGCUUUUGAGAAAAAAACGGCAAAUCACGCGAAAGGUUCUACCUUUUAAAAUACUCAAGAAUUACAUUGAUAUUUGAAAGUUGUAUUCCUCUUGGCAUAUUAUCACUUAGUUUUUUUGGAGCUGGAUAAUGCAUAUGCUGGUAAUUGGUCUAAAUUUAGAGUUUAGAGUUGGACCGAUUUGUCCACUUGAUGGAAGGCAGCACUUUUCCCAAAUUGUAGAACUGUAAAGCAGUGGAUCU